CACAAUACCCCUGCUGUGUGUUUUCAGGAAUCGCUUUGAGUUUUGAGAAAGAGGACCUUUUUUUGAUCUGGGUUUGCUUGAUUCCGGAUUUCUCCAAGUGGGUUUUGACACAUUUUUCAUCAAUUUCAGGUGAAUAAACAGUGUUUCUUGAACUGGGUCGGUGAGAAAUAGCAUCAUGUUCAAGAGAAGGGUUCGAUUUUGGAUUCUUGGUUUGUGAAAUCUGGGCUUCUACAAGUGCGUUUUGGCUUUAAAGAUCUCGUUUCCCGUGAAUUCGAGCCGAUUUUGAUAGGUUUUGGAGGUUUGUUACACGGGAUUUUUAAGUGUCAUGUAGUUGGGGUAUGUGUUGAUGCAGGGUUAGAAAUUGAGAGCGAGAGAGAGAGAGAGAGGGGGAGGGAGGGAGGGAGGGAGGGAGGAGGAAGAGAGGGAAAGAUAAUGAGAAAAUUAUGCAACCUAUGUUCCCGAGGCUUCAUGUUAAUGAUAAAGAGAAAGGAGGGCCAAGAGCACCCCCAAGGGACAAGAUGGCCCUUUAUGAACAGCUUAGCAUCCCUUGUCAGAGAUUCAAUCCUAACCCUAAAAAUACUGCCAGUAUGGUACCUCCUCCAGCAUCCUCAAGCCAGGGAACCAGCCAUGAGGGUAUGUUUUUUCCACCUCACCUACAACGUUCAACACAUCCAGCUGGGAAGUCAUAUGCUGGCUAUUCUGAUUUUAACUCCCCAUUGACACCACUUGAGCACGAUGAAGAGGAUUUUAUGGUUCCUAUCUUUGUUCAGUUGGAAAUAGGUCAAGAUCAGAGAAAAAAUUCUAAUGGCAUUGAUAGGGAGGAUGAUGAGCCUGUGAGGGGCAUAGAAAAUGGGCAUUCUUCCAUCCUUAGUAGAGAUUCUUGUCUAGAAGAGCUGGGAAGUCCUAGUAACCCCACUUUUGAAAGUGGUUAUCACGAAGACAAUAGAUGUAAGUCAUUACAGAUAGCAAAAGGGGACAGAGAGGAUGAUGCCUCAGAGACUUCCAUGGUGGAUUCUAUACCAGGCUUGGAUAUGUCCCCUGAUGAUGUUGUGGGAAUUAUAGGUCAGAAGCAAUUUUGGAAAGCGUGAAGAGCAAUAGUAAAUCAACAAAGAGUGUUUGCUGUUCAAGUAUUCGAGUUGCAUAGAUUGAUAAAGGUCCAGAGAUUGAUUGCUGGAUCACCACAUCUUUUGAUCGAAGGUAGUGCUUUUUUGGGAAAACCUCUAAAGGGCUCUUCUCCAAAGAAGCUUCCAAUCGAGAAUGUUGUUAAACCAUCUCCUCAGAUUGUGAAGCAUAAAGAUGAUUCCAGGAACCCAAAUCGUAAGAUGGAAUGCUUGGCUGAAAGCGGUGGGAAGACAUUUUGUUCUUCUGAGCAAAAUUUUAGUCAGCCUUCAAACUACAGACUAUUUUCAGAGCAAGGUGUUAUUCCUUGGGGUUUCCAUCAACCACCUGGGCACCAAUGGUUGGUUCCGGUAAUGUCCCCUUCUGAAGGACUAAUAUACAAGCCAUAUCAUCCCGGACACGGACUCCUGGGCCCAGUUUGCAGAGGUUGUGGGCAUCCGGGAUCAAAUCCUAUGAUGGGUACUUUUGUAAAUCCUGCAUAUGGUUUUUUCCCUUUGUAUGGCAUGCCAGUCAUCAACCCAGGUAUAUCAGGCUCAGCUGUUGAACAAGCAAAUCAACCUGGCCAGUUACACCAAAGCUCGUGUAAUGUGCCAACCCAGAAGAACGGAGCAAUUUCAAACGGCGUGAAGCAGCCUGCAUCUAGUGAGAGUGAGUUUUUAGGCAGUACAGCAAGUAGCUCCGGUGAGAGAGCUCAAGAAUUUGGCAGCAAAAGAAGAAAUGUGCUUACACUUUUCCCAACUUCUCCAGUACCAGCUGUUCAUUUUGCAGAGGGAUCUGCAGAGCUCCAAGACACUUGCCAACCAACAAGAGUGAUUAAAGUCGUGCCUCGCAAUGCUAGAUCUGCCACUGAAUCUGCAGCUCGGAUUUUCCAGUCUAUACAAGAAGAAAGAAAACAGUGCGACUCGUUUUAAUUUGAUUCAGUUUACCUGUGUCUGAAGAUUAUCUUUCAGUUUUUGUUGUAUUAAUUUGAUUUUUAGGCUUGGGUCCUUUUCAGCUUGUAAUUCUUAUCAUCGUAUCUGAGUUUGAAGUUACCUUC